AUGUCGAUGAACAGCAGCAGGAACUUCAGCCCAGAGCCAGGUGCAAUCGAUCCUGCUCUUGCGGACAACACAUGGGGUCGUACUGACGGAUCUGCAACCUUGGGUGACGCCCAAGCCGAGAAUUACCAACAGGGGCUUGAGGGUGUCGGACCUGCUAGCAUUAACGCCGCCCUAGGGACACAGCAAAUCAACGAUCAUACCGACUUCAGCCCUGAGCAUCUGUUCCGUAAGGUGUGCCAGAUGUUACAGCAGAUGUUCUCGCAAUAUCAAGAACCUUUGGAACACAAUCCUAUCAACUCAAGUCCCGAUCAUCUGUUCCUGCAGAUAUGCCAGAAGUUCCAACACAUGUUUUCGCACUAUCAGACGGCCGGCAUCAACUUCACUAUGAGCCCUAACCACAUUCCAACGGCUGAUCAAUCAGUUCUGAGCACCAAUGACCAUCAAAACAUGGAUAAAUUCGUGGCAGAUUACUCGCGUAACCUCAUGUCUGAUGCAGAUGAGUCCUAUGCGAAUGGCAACACUUUCUUGGGUGCCUCACCACACGCUGCGCACUCGUCCACCUAUUCCAAUCUGGAGACACCACAGGAGAAUAUUCCAUAUAACGAGCCAACCUACAAUUAUCAGGUUUCAAUCAACCCUAGCAGUGGCCAUAACCAUGGCAACAACUUGUCACUGAUAGCUGCCUCUCACAACUCCGGUAUCCCACAUAACGGAAGCCAGCAUACGGCGAAACAAAUCCUCUCAGUUCCCUCUACUUGUAACAUUCGCGGGAGCACUUUCAAUCGUCCAGACAAUCUUCGGCGCCACCAGAAGACCGUUCACUAUCAGGCACCAUCUAAAGAGUGA